ACUUGCCCCCCUCAUCCUCCUCCCAAUCUCUCUCUCUCUCUCUCUCUCUCUCUCUCUCUCUCUCAUCGAUCGGAGACUUGUCGUUCGUUCACCGUGACUACUACGACGCCGGCGAUCUAUUCAAUCGUACAGUUUCUCAUUUUACGGUAUAAGUAAGGAAAGGUACAGCAAGGAGCAUGCGUCUAUAAGUCGGUAGAGAACAAAUGAAUACGCUGCCAAAUUUCAGAGCAAUCUCCUUCCAAAAUUAAGCUCUAUUGGUGUCGACUGUCGAUCAGUAGAUUAUUUGUAUUCAAGAUUACCGAGAUGUCAUCUCCAAGCAAGAGGAGAGAUAUGGAUGUCAUGAAAUUGAUGAUGAGUGACUAUGCUGUAGAGCCUAUAAAUGAUGGAAUUAGUGAGUUCAAUGUGGAAUUCCAUGGUCCAAAAGAAAGCCUUUAUGAAGGUGGUGUGUGGAAAAUCCGUGUCGAGCUACCAGACGCUUACCCUUACAAGUCUCCUUCCGUUGGGUUUCUGAACAAAAUUUUCCACCCAAAUGUUGAUGAGCUGUCUGGUUCCAUUUGUUUGGACGUAAUUAAUCAGUCAUGGAGUCCAAUGUUUGAUCUGCUCAAUGUGUUUGAGGUUUUUCUCCCGCAGCUUUUGCUUUACCCAAAUCCUUCAGAUCCAUUAAAUGGUGAUGCAGCAUCGCUAAUGAUGAAGGAUCAGAAGCAAUAUGAACAGAAAGUUAAAGAGUAUUGUGAUCGUUACGCAAAAAAAGAGAACAUCACCAGUACUUUGACAGACGAGAGUGAUGAGGAGAUAAGUGACGAGGAUGUCAGUGAUGGCCGGAGUUUGUCUAGUGAAGACGAUGUUGCUGGAAAUGCAGACCCUUAAAAGUGAUGAAAAGCCCUGGACUUCGAUGUGCCAAAUCGUUUUCGUGUUUGGUGGUGGACUUUUACUUAAAUGUACGAUGACAACAUGUUCAUUUCUUGUAAAUUUAUUGAUGGGGCAGUAGUUAGAGACUGGAUACGAGGUACCAUGCUUCGGUAUCUAAUCCGUAAUAUAUUCCGGCACAUUUGUUCAAAGAAGAAUAGAAAUGAAGUUACUGCUAUUUGAGCAUGUACCAA